AUGAUAUGCCCCAACUACCGUGGAGACUGGUUAACCAAGUCCAAGGACCUCCAACUCCAGAAAAAAUGUACCAAACCCGAGACACAGCUUCCUACAACCUUGAACCCAACAACACAGUAUUCAGCAACACAGUAUCCCGAGACACAGCAUCUUACAACUUGGUACCCUGCAACACAGUAUACCGGAACACAGCAUCCUACAACUUGGUACCUAACAACACAGUAUCCUGCAACACAGUAUACCGGAACACAGCAUCCUACAACUUGGUACCCAACAACACAGUAUACCGAGACAUACCAUCCUACAACUUGGUACCCAACAACACAGUAUACCGGAACACAGCAUCCUACAACUUGGUACCCUGCAACACAGUAUACCGGAACACAGCAUCCUACAACUUGGUACACAACAACACAGUGUCCUGCAACACAGUAUACCGAGACACACCAUCCUACAACUUGGUACACAACAACACAGUAUCCUGCAACACAGUAUCCUAAGACACGCUAUCCUACGACGCAGCAUUCUACAACAUAA